AGUAAUCAGUCGUCGCCAAACGGCAAACACUACAGUGUAAUAGAUGGUGUCAGUUGUAACGUGCUCUGAUUUAAAUUGUAGUAUAAUUUUUAUUUAAAGUAUAAAUUGUGGUCAAUCAUAAAGCACUAUUAUUAUUUAUUUAUUCUAGUUGGAGAACAGAAAGCUUUUAGAGUCUCAAAAGAUGAUUUGUAUUAUAAGUAUCAGUGUAAUCGUAUCUGGGCUAGCUAUUUUAUUAGUUUUCUUACAUUUCUCAAUAGAUAAAAGAAUAUUGUACAAAAAUUUAAAUAAGAAGCAUGUUGUUGUGACUGGCGGGUCGAGUGGUAUUGGUAAGGCUGUUGCCAUCGAGGCCGUAAAAUUAGGAGCUAAUGUAACAGUUAUUGGUCGAGAUAUUAAGAAACUAACAUCCGUAGUUACUGAGAUGCAAGGACAUUUGAUUAAUAAAGAACAAAAAGUACAAUAUGCAUCAUUGGAUGUUACAUCCGAUUAUAAUACAAUAGAAAAAUGUUUCUCUGAUUUGGAAAAUAAAAUUGGAACAAUAUUUAUGUUAUUUAAUUGUGCUGGUAUGUGUAUUUGUGGUAAAUUUGAAGACAUGAAAAUUGAUGAAAUUAAACAAAUGAUUGAUUUAAAUUAUUUUGGAACUGCAUAUCCAACAAAGUAUGUUUUACCAAAGAUGAAAGAGAGAAAUGAGGGUAUUAUUGUUUUUGUUUCAACAGAAGCUGCCUUAUUAGGAAUAUAUGGCUACAGUGCGUAUGGUGCAGCAAAAUGGGCAGUUAGAGGCUUAGCAGAAUCAGUAUUUAUGGAACUGGUUGGAACAAAUGUAAGGCUGACUCUUGCAUUUCCUCCUGAUACAGACACACCUGGGUUUAAACAAGAGGAACUCACAAAACCUGCAGAAACCAAACUGAUAUCGGGCUCAGGAGGCCUUCAUUCUCCAUCCGAAGUUGGUAGGAAGAUGCUUCAGGAUGCACUAAAAGGAAAAUGCUAUUCAGUUUUCGGAUUUAGUGGGCAGAUUUUAUCCCUACUAUACUGUGGAAGUAUAGAUAGUGUAAGUCAAGUGUUGCUUCAAAUUGUGACUAUGGGAUUUUUACGUGCUAUUGUAGUGGUCAUCAUGUUAUCAUUUCACAAAAUUGUAAGAGAUGGUUUAAGUAAAAAAAAAAAAGAAAGUAGUAACUAAAAAUAUAUAUAAGAAUUUCUCUGAACAUAUGCAUUGGGCAGUAUUGAGCAACGACCAUGGUAAUAGUAAUUGUAUAAAACACAUUGUAUAAUUACACAAAGAGAUAAAAAAAAAAUUUAUAUGAUUGGGAACAAAAGCAGGUACCUAUAAGAUAUUAAUUAUAAUUUAUUUGUUUAUAGUAAUGACACCCAAAGUGCCAAAACCUAGAAAAUAUAAAUAACAAUACUAUAUAAUAUAACUCAAUGUAUUUAAAAAAAAUAGGCACUAUAGUUAUUGGCUAAUCUAUGAUAAUAUAUAUCAAGUAUAUUCUUGAGUUUAAUGUGUGCACUAUUAAAAAUAUAUAAUAGAUAGGUAUUUUUAACUUAUUAGGUUGUAAGACGAUUUCUUUAUAUUACCUCACCAACAUUAAAAUAAUAAUUUCAGGAGUAUAACUUUUUAUAUAAUUAGAUUAUUUUUAAUGAAACCGUUAUAAUUUAUGAAGCAUUUAAGCACAAAUUUUGCUGAUAGUGUAAUUUAAAGCCACGGCCAGUGUAAACACUAUCAGAUCUAAACCAAACCAUUAUCGGACCAACAGCACUAUCUGAAAGAGACGAAAAAUGCAUUUAUUUAAUUUUUAAACUUGACGGAACAUAAAUAAUAAAAAUUA